CCUCGUUUCUCUCUCUCCCAGUUUUAAAAUUUUGUCCGUCAGCAGCGCUUUGCGUCAGUCGAGUAUCCAUCUUCUUUAUAUCCUUUCAGCUGAUUUGUGUUAGAGAUUAUACUUAUACAACAUGUCUCGAGUCCGCGGACCUAACUCUGCUUUAACAGAAUUCUUACGAGAGCGAGGAAUUGAUGCGCUUGCGAUCCGUCAGCGAUACGAAGAGGCACAGCGCGAGCAAGGCGAAGGCGGUCAGAAUGAUGGUGCCGCUCAGGAGGGAAUUACAGAGGAAGACGGGGUUGUGACUGUCAGUUCUGCGACGAGCAGUAGAAAUAGUCGACGGCAGAGUUCUGAGCCCGCUGCGAGGGUUAGGAGUAGGGUCUCAAAGAAGAAGAAACGGGACGCGGAAGAUGAGGACGACGAGUUAAUCCUCGAUCGGAUUGCGCGGCCUAAGCCGGGGCAGAUUGAGUUCUGCGCAGAGUGUAACAACAGAUUUACUGUCACUGCUUAUUCCAAGCCAGCGCGAGACGGCGGUGAAGGUCUGUUGUGUCAUUCUUGUGGAAGUAAGUAUGCGCAGGAAGAAAAGAAGCAAAAGAAGACGCAGAUUUCGUCGCGCAAGAAGCGCAAGUCUGUCGCCGCGGCGUUGCUGGACAAGCAGGACGUGAUGGUACCGAAGCUGCAGGAUCUAUGUAUUAAGCUGAUUGCAAGGUAUAUCGACGAUGUCGAUAUGCUGGGUGACAUUGGUGAGGUGAAUAUGGACAAGAUUGCGCGUAUUCUGUCGCGCAAUCGGUCGCUGAAGGAUAACACGGUCAGGCUGUUUUUGGUACCUUCCGUCAAGCAGCUGCGGUUUUGGGAUUGCUCGAAUCUGUGCUCUGAUAGCUAUAAACUUAUUGCGUCAUUCUGUCCCCAGCUCGAAUCUCUUGUCCUCUCAAUGUGCGGUCAAAUGACAGACGAAGUCCUCGACUAUUUCACCGAGAAGCUGGAACACCUCCACGCCAUCGCCUUCAACGGUGCCUUUCUAAUCCGAAACCCAUGCUGGAUCAAUUUCUUCACCAAGCGUGGCUCGCAGCUGACCAGCGUCGCCAUCUCAAACACACUCAGAUUCGACCGUACCGCGCUCCAGGCUCUAGUCGACAACUGUGCCGAUACUCUCGAGGAACUGAGUCUCUCGCGCGUGGGGAAUAUUUUCGCCGCCGACCUUCCGCUGCUGUUGAAGCUCACAAAACUUAUCUCGCUUGAGAUUAGUUAUAUGCGCGACGCUCUCACCGAUGACGUCAUCAUUGAUAUUUUGAAACUUAUCGGGCCGCAGCUGAUCACUCUCAACCUGGACGACUGCGACACCUUGUCCGACAGGGUGUUGCUAGAAGGUAUCCGGCCGUACUGCGGAAAACUGCAAAACCUGUCCCUCGGUCUCGGUGAGAACUUUACCAACGAAGCACUCGCGACUCUCUUCCGCGACUGGGAAAUCAACAACGGUCUCAUCAACGUCAGCCUGAUGCGCUGCACAAAGGUCGGCGACGAAGGCGUGCAGGCGCUGAUCGAGCACUCGGCCAAGACGCUCGUGAUCCUGAACAUCAACUCGGUGUACUCGCUCACGGACUCGACGUUCCAUUUGCUUGCCACUUCAGAGUGCGAGUUUUUGUCGCAGCUCGAUAUCGGGUUUGUGCAUUGUGUGGGAGAUAAGGAAGUUGAGAUGCUGAGCGAGCGGUGUCCUUCUCUGCAGCUUAUUGAGGCGUAUGGAAAUAUCCGCAUCACAGAGGUCGCGAAAAUGAAGCCAGGCGUGCGAUUGAUCGGCCGCCAGAGCGACACGAUUUAAUCACGACUCUAUAGGAGGAGACAUGACGACGUGGAGGUGUUUGUGUAUAACGACGCGGGAGGUAAUUUGGAAAUUGGGGAACGGAUAACGGGUGUAAUUCUGGUUUUUGUGUAAGCUGUUGCUUAUUUUAUUAAUGCUCCAGAAACAGAGAGUUUAUUCAGUU